GCCCCUCCAUUGCACCCCCCACAGUCCCUACCUUUGCCUGCUCUCCCUGCAGCCCACACCCCAUCCCUCCCAGCUCCCCAUCCUCCAGCCCCAACCUCUCUCUGCUACCCAUAGUACCCCCAUUUCCUCCAUCUCCUGCAGCCCCCCACCGCACCUCGCAGGCCCCCCACCUCUAUCUGCUUCUCAGCUCCCCACCCUGUGGCCCCAACCUCUCCGUUUCCCACAGUGCCCUCAUUGCCCCCACCUCCCACUGUGGCCCUCUGCUCCAUCUCUCCCCACCCCUGCUCCCCACCCUGCAGCCUCCCCCACCCCACAGCACCCCAACUGCUUCCCAACCUUUCCGAGCCCCACCUUUCCUUGCUCCCACUUCCGUUCCCCAGCUUCUCCCUGCCAUUAACCUCCCCCCUCCUGCUGCCCCCUGUCCCUAUAGUGCCCAAUCUCUCCCUGCCCAUGACGUCCAGCCCCACCCCCCAGGUUCCAAUCCACCCCCUUAGUCAUUCUGAACCAUGAUGGCUGAUGAGCUGGAGGAGAGAGAUUUGCAGAAAUUCCUGAGAGAUGUGGAUGAAAUUGCCAAUUUGGUUCAAGGCUUGAACUCCACAGACCCAGCUGUCCAGGAAAAAGCUAUCUCUGAUACAGAGAAAAGACUUCAUAUCCAAGAGGUCAGAGAUGAUGGAGAAUGCAAGACCAAGUUGAACAGAACAGUUAUUAACUCACAAGAUGCGGCCACACGGGAUAUGGAGACAGUGAGACGAGACAGCUUCAUGGCAGCAUUGGAGAAAGAUGCAAAAGAACGAGCCAAAAGAAGGAAGAAAAAUGAACGUUUGGCGAAUGCCCUGAAAGAGAAGGGAAAUGAUGCAUUCAGUAACGGAGACUAUGCCACAGCUAUCCAGCUAUACACCGAAGGGCUGGAGAAACUGAAGGAUAUGCAGGUGCUGUACACGAACAGAGCACAGGCUCACAUGAAGUUGCAGGAGUACAAGAAAGUAAUCAAUGAUUGUGAAUGGGCUUUAAAGUGCAACGAAAAAUGUAUUAAAGCCUAUUUCCACAUGGGAAAAGCUCAUCUGGCCCUGAAGGACUACAAUGAGUCCAGGAAGUCCUAUCAGAAGAUCUUAGAAAUUGAUCCCCAAAAGGAAAGUCUAUUUAAAGACUGCAUGAAUGAAGUUGACUUACAGGAAAGAAAAGAAAAAGAGGAAGAGAAAGCUCUGGAGGAAUUUCAGUCUGGAAAGUAUACUGCUGUAUCUGUGAAAGAGCUGCUCCAGAAGCUCAAUAGACCUGACCAGAAUAUCCUUUAUUAUGCAGGCGGGAUUAGAGUUUUGACUGAAUCAAUAAAAGAUUGCACUGAACAAACUUUAUUUAGAACAAACAAUGGAUUCAGUAUAAUCAGCGACAAUAAGGUCAUAAGACGGGGCCUCUCUGUAGCAAAGGAAAACACUGCUGAAGCGGAAUUGUCCAUUUCUCUUCUCAUCCUCUGGCAAGCAGUCUGUGCUGGGAAUGAGGAGAAUCAGCGAUUGUUGUUAACUCACCCUGAUGUGAAUGUGCAGCUUCCCAUGCUGCUCUCAUCUGACGUGCCUGAGAUCCAGAAGCAGAGCUUGGCAUUGCUGUCUCUGUACUCUCAGACCGAGAAUGGAAGAAGUCUGCUGGUCAGGCACCAGAACCUAACCAAGUGGCUGCAGAUGCUGAUUGCAUUCGUCAGUGUUAUGGAUGACAGGGCUAGCUGUGCCAUGAACCUGCUAUCUAACCUAAUCAAGGAGGAAAAGUUCAAAAUCCAGUGUCGUAUCAAACUUUCUACAAGUGUUUUGCCUCUGUUCGCACAGUUGUUGAAAACCGUCAAACAGGUGAACCAGCCAGCCCUCACCCAGUGCAUUGGCAUCAUGGGAGAUCUGUGUGCUGAUGUAGUCAUCCGACUACAGAUGGCUGAAAACCAGGAAUGCUGGCAGGCCUGUUUAAAGCUUGUGGAUGAGUGUUGCUCCACUGGCAACUCAGCAGGAUACCAGGAAUGUUUGUUCACAGUGCUGGGCCUGAUGAUGAACUUAUCCCUGGAAUCAAAUUUGGUCAUUCAGGAGCAUGCUGUGGAUGUUAGCAGGAGAUGUUUGUCUCUGCUUGGCAGUAAAGAUGGAAGGAUUGUGACGAGAGCCAUUGGGCUGCUAAGUCACAUCUUGCCAGCGAGCUCCAUGGCAGUAGAAGAGGCAGUGACAGGAGGUGUGGUGAAGAGAAUGCUUAGAUUCUUGAAGGCUGGUGGACCGACCACAUCCUGUUAUGCUAUAAAGACCCUUGCUGUCUGUACUCAAAGCAACAACCAGGCUCGAGAGGAGGUGGUGAAGUCAGAUAAAAAGUUUGAUGUGUUGCUGAAGCUCUUGGCCUCAGAGAACGAGAUGGUGGUGGGGAACGCUGCUUUUUGUCUCAGCAAAUGCUUCGAAGUACCUGGAGCUGCUUCGUCCCUGCUGAAUUCCAACAUUGUGAUGAUCUUAUUAAAACAUGCAGGUGGUGAAGCCAAGAAAACCUCAGUGCAAGAGAAUGCAGCAGUUGCUUUAGGAAAGCUCUGCGCUGCCGAGCCAAGGCAUAUUCUUCAACUGCGGGAGCUCAAUGGAAUGGCAAUCCUUAACUCGUCUAUGAAAUAUGUGCAAGGUCUUUGAAUUCCCCAAAUGUUUUUGGAUAUAGGUUGUUAAUACUGCAGUAUUCCGUUUGCUGUUGCUCAUUCCUUCUCUAAUAAAAAUUGUUCAAAGAGA